CACCGCUAUCCCACGGUCCAAGCAACAACGACAACCAUGCCGAGGAUUUUCGCAGCAUGCAGGACGUCAUUGCUCUCCCAAGCAGCUGUUUCUCGCGCAUCCUGUCCCACUCCUUCGACCCGCCUUAUUGGAGACCCUACACUCAUUUUUUCAACCAAGAUCAAUACCGUGACACCUCCGUCACUGCGAACACUUGGACGUGUUGCUCCAUUAUUGUCGACAUUCCGACCCCGCGUAUCGCCGUUAGCUCCCCCCCUAUCCAUGUUACCGACACCAUCCCUCGCUUCAUGCGCGCAAGUGCGUCAUGCGGUUUACGGAGCGGAAUAUCAGCCAUCGCAGCGGAAGAGGAAGCGAAGACAUGGGUUUUUGGCCCGAAAGAAAACGAAAGGUGGACGAAAGAUUUUAGCUAGAAGGAGGGCGAAAGGCAGAAGAUUUUUGUCACAUUAAAACCAUCGUUCGUUGUCGCAGACGGACGCGGAUAAGGCGAAACGGCAUUUAAAUCGGUUAGCAGCAAAAUAAUAGACAUAAGGUGUUUAAUGUAAGAUAAUGGAAACCGUAAGGAAUAGCUUGU